GAUUUUUUGAUGUGCAUAGUAGUAUAGAAGAACCUACCCACCUUAUCAGAAGUGACAAAUUUGAACCACGAAUCAGGAUACUUGAGGGGAAAGCAGUCAGCACACAGGGCCCGUACAUCCUCGACAGAGGCUGGGGUUAGAGCCUCCUGCUGAAUCAGCAAUUGGAGUUGUGUUCUAAUUAGAAUCAAGAUGGCGAUUGCGAUUGAUAGACGAGCUUUUCAGUUUAGCAAGCUUCUGGCCUCCGUGAGUGAUGGACUGGGUCGAGAGGAUGUCCGUGGCAUUAAGAACCUUUGCUAUGAUAACAUACCUGCACGGAAAAGAGAGGAAAUAGAUAAUGGACUGGACAUUUUCCAAGUUCUCAGAGAAAAAAAGGUGAUAGCUGCCGACAAUCCUGCGUUCCUAAAGGAGCUACUUACUGAGAUAGGUCGUGUGGACCUGGCUGAGAAAGUCGAUGAAUAUGUCCAAAAAGUCCUUGAUGUUGGACUUGUGGAACCUCAGAAGGUCACUGAGUGCCUGGAGCGAGGGCAGCUGAUGAGGAUCGCAACAGACGUGGGCAGGGACUGGAGGAUGCUGAGUCGAUAUCUAGGCUUGGAUGACACUACAAUAACGUCUAUCCAAUUACAGAGUCAGGGUGACCUAGCCGAGGCAUCACUGCAGUCCCUACUAAGGUGGCAGAAGAAUUCUGGCCCGGAAAAGGCCACUCCUCGAGCACUGAAAGCAGCCCUCACUGAAAUGAAACUAUUGGGCAUUGUACACACACAUUUUCAAUGAACGUUCAAUUUUUUACUGUUAUAGUACUGUUAGUUUUUGUUUUUAGUUAACAACGUUCAAUGUUUGUUUGUGAACAGAAAUUAAAAGUGAUCUCUUGGAUGCAA